AUGUGGGGGGCGCUCAGCAGCUUAAUGCCGCCACCAACAGCGGCGACGACGACGACGACGGCUUCGGGUAGCGCCGCACCGCCAGCCGAAAGUGUCCGCGAGAAAUAUGGAAGGAGAGAGCCAACCGUGGUUGAAGCCUCACCCGCUUUUUCUACCACAUGUGCUGCAGCAUCAGCAGCGAGGGAGGUUGAUGUUUCGGAACAGCCCGUGGAGUCGGCUGAUGAAGGGAAGUCGGGUCAAACGUCAGUGGCGUGGGAGGUGUUUUUAGAGCAGCGCCUCAUCGUCGCAUUUCAUCACGGAGCCGCAGUGCUGCCAGGAUUCCCUGCAGCCCAUCAUGAGUCACGCGAUGUGGAACACAACAUCCCUUCACACCACGUGGUGGACGUUGAGCUAUGGAACACUUACUGGUGUGCUUUCUCGGAUUGCCUUGCCGCUCACAUCGAUGAUGUUCAGGAGUACCUGAGCUCUCAUGCCAAUGAGAGCGGCAGGCGACGUGUUCUUGUUGCUGCAUCGCUGCCAUUAGAAUCUCAAAUGGAGUCGUUUAAAGACAUCCUGGCCUUACAUGCCCGUUUGUUGGGGGCUGUUGAACACAUAAACCGGGAGCGCUGCAUUGUGAUGCUUCAAUUCACAUCGACACGAUCUGCGGAGAUUUUCGCCGCUUGGGCAUCUUCACUCACCCUGGACGCUCUUUUCGGUAAGUGCAACAGCCUGGAGUCCGUUAACGCUAAAAGCAGGCUGCUCGUGCGGUUUGCACCUCAUGACACCCGAAAGGUCACAUCAACGCUCGAGUUGGGGAAAGGCAUUUUGAUUUCCACACCUUUUGUGGAAAGGCUAUUUAAGGAUGUUUUUGAUGCCGUUGAUGUCCGCUAUGAAGCAGGCUCCUUCCUGAUCGCAUUUGAGUCAGUAAAAGCAGCAAAAACGGCUCUUCAUUCUCUGCAGCGGUCACUCUUUGAGGUGUUUGGGUUGACACUAACUUUCUCUGAGCGUUAG